CUGAGGCCACAGCACAGACACAUUUCUUCCUAUGAUACCAUUCAUAACAUUACUGCUGAGUGGCUUUAAGUUAAAGUUAUUAUAGUUUAGAUUAAAGCUACAAAUUUAGAAAAACAAAAAAAUUAAGUGCCUUAAAAAAUAUUCAGUACCUGGGAUAUUUCUUGGAUUGGAUUAGCUCACGUUUUACCUGAGGUGGCUGUCAUCCUUAUCCUCAAGGCUGGAGAGCUGACAACAGUAUGGCUGCAAUCUUAAGGGCAUUGGUUCUCGCUCUGCUCAUUCAGGGCUGCUUUUGCAGUGUUGGACAGACUGACACAGGCUGCAUGAAAUGGACACCAAAAGGAGAUCAUGUUUGCUGUGAAGCCUGUUUUGCUGGAAACCGCCUGGUCAAAGAAUGUGGCCCAAGCCCGAAAGAUCUCUGUACUCCUUGUGAGGCCGGGACAUUUACGGUGAACCCAAAACAGUACCGCUGUACCAGGUGUACACAGUGUGUAGGUGCUCAAGUCGAUGUGAAAGAGUGCACUACCACAACUGACACAAAGUGUGGCUGUACAGAAGGACUCACCUGCGGUAAUGACCGCUGUUCCUUCUGUUACAAAAAGUGUGACAAAGGUUAUGAACCAUAUAAACGUGAUUGCAAACCAUGUCCAGAGGGAACCUUUAAUGACCAAAGUCACCAGAUGUGUAAACCCUGGAGUACCAAGUGUCCCAAUCCAGAUCAAAAGAUUGCGGCCAAGGGAAAUGCACUUAUGGACAUCAAGUGUGUUAAUGUUUCAGUUGCCCCAGUGAUCCGUCCAGAGCGACCUGAUCCCACAGAGCAGGCAUGGCCAUUGGUCUUAUCUGUGAUCACAAGUGCAGUUCUGAUGGCCUUUAGCAUCAUCAUCAUCAGCCUUGUGGCCAAGAAAUUCUUCCAGAAAAGAAAGGAAAAAGGCAUAAAGCCAAUCACGACCCAGAUAAUCACAACCCCUACAGAUGAGCCAAAGACAGAUAAUCCUAGGACAUUAAUAGCCAUUGAGUGCAGUUUCCACGAGGCCCAGCAAGAGCAGGGCAGCAGCUCAGAGUCGCUCUACUCCAAGGACUCCUCGAGCCAGCUCAUUGCAUGAAGAGAAGGGAAACUGGACUUGACUGCGCCGUUGAAGAACCUGCUAUAUUUGUGUUGAGUUUGGUGAAAGGAAACCGGAUAUCCUGAAUAAGAUGGAGUCCCUCUUUGUGAUACUGGAGAUGUUUUUGUUGUGGCAAUUUGUUUUGGCUCUAAAUGAAAGAAACAGAGCACUGUAUUCACCCAGCUGUAUUUUAUCCACCCCAUUUUCGUUUUUCAGAAUUACCAAAGAUACUGAGAAAAUCUUUAUAGGUCAAGGUAGAGGUAUCACUUUGCUGUACAAUUACACCAGGAUGUAAUUAUAGCGAUGAUACAGUAAAUGCACACAGGGGAGGAAGGGGAAUUCUGAGAGGGAAAAAAAGUAGUGGAUUACAACAGUCCAUUCAUCAUGUUAAUUUGAUCAGACACUGAGGCUGUUUUUUCCCCUUUCAGUUAAGCCUAAAAGAAGAUAGCUGUGAAAGGUUUGAAUUAUUGGAUUGAGUUUGGCACCAGAUGGGAAAAAUACCUAAGCCUUUAAACUUGUUUUAACUACUUUCAAACGAUUGGACUGGUGCCAAUAGCCUGUGUAUAAUAUUGUCGUGUUUGAGUUUCACUCCUCUUAUAUUUGCAUGUCUAAGCGGGAAAGCUGCGGAAUGCUGCUGUGUGACUGUACAGUAUGGGUGGGUGUUCAGCUGGGUGUAAAGGUCUGACGGCAGAGAGGUCUGAGUCACGCCUAAGGCUGAGCCCACAAAUGCCUCCUAGGUAUCUACGUUUUACUGCUGAAUUUGUACAUUUCUAACUGUGGCUGUGUUGCUGUGUCAAUCAUGAUUUUAUGUUGUGAAAAAUGUAUGAUUUAUCAUGGGGACAGAUUGCUAUUUUGGUUUGUUAUUUAAAUAUUUCUAUAGAACACAGAAGAUAACUUUGUUUACAAUAGUAUAUAGUAUCACUUUGAAGACAGCGUGGUAUAGCCUCUUCGACGCUACUUAACAUUACCAGGAACUAUAUGGACUUUCCAACAAUUACUUCAUUGGUGUCAAAAAGUCCAGCAGAGGGAGUUCCCUUUUUUGUGAAUAGGUAAUCAGAUAUUUAAACUUAAAACACCAAGAAACCUACAGUACAGUACACAGUCUGCAUAUGUAAAGUACCUUGGUGCUAUUUUAGCGAGAAUGGUUUAGUUGAGGUUUUAUUCAUGAACAAGCUGAGGCAUGCCUGUUGAGCAAGAGUUUGGCAACACAGUGGAUAUCCCAAGGUCAGUAUUUAUGAUUAAAUGUCAGAUAAUGUGAUUAGUCAUGUGCUGCACAUAGAUCUCUGAGAUUUCUAUUAAGUGCGUCAUGUGGGAAAUCCUCUGAAUAAAAACUUAGCAAAUAUAUGAGGCAAACACAAUAUAAAAAAACUGAGGCUCAAGGGUUAUGUGGAAACCCCCCAGUCAGUCUUGUACUCCUUUUUGCUUUUGGUUAUCUUCUAGCACAAUGGAGUAGGCAGCUAGAUCAGACCAAGUGGAACUUUUUUUCUUCACAAAUGCAGGUCUUUUCUGAACUGUAGCAGGCGUAUAUCUUUCUACUGAAAUGGAACAUUUGCUAGCCCACACCUUUAGUACUGUAUCAGGGACUAUGAGUCACAGCUCACACAUUGUGAUGUCUGUUGAAAGACCACAAAGUUCACUGGUGCCUUGAAAAGAGGUACCACAGUAGUCAUACAGUGAAAAGUAGUAAGGACUGUAGCACUUUACUUGUCAGCUGGUAGGACCAAUGUUACGCACUUGUUUGGUUUGUGAAUUUAUCAUUCUGCCUCAUAUCUAUUUUAUAAGAU